AUGAUAAACUCUUCAAAUGUUUCAUAUUUUACACUUGCUGCUUACUUUGACAUUGAGUUGUUUACAUUUUUAUAUUUCUUCCUCAUUUUGUCUUUGUAUGUUUUCAUAGUUUGUGCCAAUCUUUUGCUGAUUGUGGUUAUCUGUAUGAACAGGAGCUUACAUGAACCUAUGUACCUUUUUCUGUGCAGCCUGUUUGUAAAUGAACUGUAUGGUAGUACAGGGUUGUUUCCAUUCCUUCUGGUUCAGAUCCUCUCUGACAUUCACACUGUUUCUGCUCCCUUCUGUUUCCUGCAGAUGUUCUGUGUGUAUACUUAUGGCAGUGUAGAGUUUAUUAACUUAGCCCUCAUGUCUUAUGACAGAUAUCUUGCUAUCUGUUAUCCUCUGCAAUAUCACGUACAUAUGACAUCUAAUAAGGUUGUUGUGCUUAUUGCUGUAACAUGGUCUCUUCCUUUUUUUGCUGUUUUUGUCACAACAUUAUUGAGUGCCUCCUUACAGCUGUGUGGGAACAUCAUUAAUAGUGUUUACUGUGACAACUAUUCCAUCAUAAAAUUGGCUUGCUAUGAAACAAGAGUAAAUAAUGUGUAUGAACUCGUUGCAGCUUCUCUAACAGUCUGUGUUCCUGUAUCUAUAAUCUUUUACACUUACAUGAAGAUCUUUAAAGUGUGUUUUUCUGGUUCUAAACAGACCAGACAGAAAGCUGUCAGUACCUGCACACCUCACCUCGCUUCCCUGCUCAACUUUUCUUUUGGGGUUUCCUUUGAAAUAUUACAGAGCAGGUUUGAUAUGAGCAGUGUACCCAUGAUGUUACGAAUAUUGUUGUCAUUGUAUUUUCUGACGUGCCAACCGAUCUUUAACCCUGUAAUUUACGGCCUCAACAUGUCCAAAAUACGCAUCAUGUGUCAAAGUCUGUUUUCAAUUUCUGUUUUGGGAGAUGUGAAAUCAAAAGUGCAGCAAAAGCAACUGAAACAGAAACAGACUCAUGAUGCAAACAGAAAAGUGAGGAGUUUCUCGCCCGGGGAUAAUGUUUUUGUAAGGAACUAUUCUUAUGGUCCUAAGUGGAUCCCUGCUGUCAUCCAGAGCUCAUCAGGCCCAGUGUCUUAUACAGUGAUCAUUGGAUGUGGUCAACCCAUGAAGAGGCACAUGGACCAAGUGAGAGCUAGACUGGCUGACACUGUUCCAAGUUCUGAGUCUGAGGAUGAAGAGGAAACCUUGUCGGACAUGGUUGGAGGUUGUGUGGGCCCCUUGCCUACAAGUUUGAAUGACAGAGGAGAACCUCCACCUAUUGAGCCACAAGAUCUUCAGCUGGCUCCUGAUACUCGGGUCCCACCGGACUUGCCCAUUGCAUCAGUGGUGCGACGCUCUGAGCGGGAGAGACGCUCGCCUGGGCACCUUAAAGACUUUGUUAGACAGAGCAUGCCAGAAAAGAUCUGUCAACAGGGGCCUCCUCCAGUUCACCCGCACUACCCGUUUGGGCUUACUGUCCAGAAUUUUUUUCCCAUGCCCCUGACCCAACUCACCCCAGAAGGGGUCACCCCCAGCGAGCCCAGCUACAUUGGAGUUUAG